UGCUCUCGGAGGUGGGAUUUAAGGCUCGACCAGACGGUACCGGGAGAGCCCGGACUGGCUUGCUUCCGGCGGGGCAGUGUUGCCAAGUGUCGCUUUGGUCUUUUGCCCUCGGUUUGUGGGAGGAAAUCCAUCUUCCUCGAGCUGACUGCGGGCGGGAGCCUCCGGAGAAGCUUGGGAGGCCCCGGGACUGCGGCCUUGAGGGAGGGGAAGCGGCCGUGUCCGCCCGGGACUCCCGAGUCUCACCUUGAGUGGCCCGCCCCCGCGUGUCCGGGUCAGGGGCGGUUUCGCGGACCCGGGCCCCCGCUGCCCUCGGAGCCCCGCCGUGUCCGGCACCAAUGAAGCCUCCCAUUGGUCAGCCGCGCUCUUGUGGCCUGACGGGCAGGACCGGUUGGGACUAUUUAGUUGUCGAUCUCCGUUCUGGCUUAAAUUCGACCGACGGUCGAGAGAAGGAACGGUUGCGUCCGGAGACGUUGGCAGUGCACUCAUGAGCUCGUGGAAACAGAUUUUCGCGAAGCACUGACUGACCCAGCUGACCUGGAGCCACCCCCUCUGAGCUGGGAUGAUCAUGACGGGAUCCGGGGCGGUUAUAAACCUAGGCCCGCCGGCCGAGACUUCCCCCGACCAAGAAGACCUGCUCAUAGUGAAGGUGGAGGAGGAAGACUGCACGUGGAUGCAGGAGUACAACCCACCCAUGUUUGAGACAUUUUACCAGCGCUUCAAGCACUUCCAGUACCACCAGGUGUCGGGGCCUCGGGAGGCCCUGAGCCAGCUCCGUGUGCUCUGCUGUGAGUGGCUGCGGCCUGAGAUCCACACCAAGGAGCAGAUUCUGGAGCUGCUGGUUCUGGAGCAGUUCCUGAGCAUCCUGCCCGAAGAGUUCCAGGCCUGGGUGCGGGAGCAUCGCCCAGAAAGUGGGGAAGAGGCUGUGGCAGUGGUGGAGAGUAUCCAGAGGGAAUUCGAGGACCACAGAGGGCAGGUCAUGGUAUGUCCUGAAGCCCUUCCUGAGAGCUUGGUAUCCCCCGGAGCUGUGCAGGAGCCCUUGGGUCACCCCCUGCUGCCUGGCGUCCCCCAGCCUGAACCUGAGCCGCAGAAGCCUCAUUGUCUGGAGGAGAAUGCCUUUCCUGCUCUCGAGCCUCCUUCCCUUCCCCCGGUGGCCAGCCCGGAGGCCAGCCCGGAGGUGACCACCUCACUCCUCUCAGCUGGGCGGCAGAAGUUGGUGAAGAUCGAAGAUGUGGCUGAUGUGGCUGUAUCCUUCAUCCUGGAGGAGUGGGGACGUUUGGACCAGCCCCCGAAGUCCCGCUCUAGGGGCACCAGGAAGGAGGAUUGUGGGAGUAUUCCUUCCCUGGGCUGCAGGUCUGCGAGCGAUGGCCUGGAUCUCCUUGGGAAGCCAGUUUUGGGUGACUCGGAGUCAGCCUGGCUGAGUUCCAGGAGCCCGGAAAGAAACAGGCCCCAGAGUCAGGAGUCGGGGGAAGUAGGUGGCCUGGUGGAAAGGUGGCAGGGCCACCCAGCGGCAGGGAAGUCAAGGCAGACCCCGCCUCAGAAGAGAGAUCUGGGGGCCGUCCCAGACACCCCCCGUAAGCAGCCCCCAAACGGCGAGCGGGGUCACAGGUGCAGUGACUGCGGCAAGUUUUUCCUGCAAGCGUCCAACUUCAUCCAGCAUCGGCGCAUCCACACGGGCGAGAAGCCCUUCCAGUGCACCGAGUGCGGCAAGAGCUACAACCAGCGGGUGCACCUGACGCAGCACCAGCGGGUGCACACGGGGGAGAAGCCCUAUGCGUGCCAGGUGUGCGGGAAGGCGUUUCGCGUGAGCUCCCACCUGGUGCAGCACCACAGCGUCCACAGCGGCGAGCGACCCUAUGGCUGCAGCGAGUGCGGGAAGAGCUUUGGCCGCCACUCCCACCUCAUUGAGCACCUCAAGCGCCACUUCCGAGAGAAAUCCCAGAGAUGCAGUGACAAAAGAAGUAAAAAUCCAAAACUGAAUAUGAAGAAGAAACUGCCGGAACUUUCAGAAGCAGCCCUGGAACUUUCAGGAAGAAUCCAGAGAAAUGUUUCCCCAGAGCAUGACUUUGGAGAAGGCCCUGAACCCCAAGACAAGCUGGACCGCAAGCAGGGGACACCCAUGAAAGAGAUCCAGGGACAACCCCCUUCCAAGACCCUCAGUUUCAGCGAAGUCACCUACACCCCCAAAAAGUCCUCGGCAGGAGAGAGACCCCAUAAGUGUGACGAGUGUGGGAAAAGCUUUAUUCAGAGUGCACACCUCAUCCAGCACCAGCGCAUCCACACGGGCGAGAAACCGUUCCGGUGUGACGAGUGCGGCAAGAGCUAUAACCAGCGGGUGCACCUGACGCAGCAUCAGCGGGUGCACACGGGGGAGAAGCCCUACACGUGUAACUUAUGUGGGAAGGCGUUCCGGGUGAGGUCGCACCUGGUCCAGCACCAGAGCGUCCACAGCGGCGAGCGGCCCUUUAAGUGCAGCGAGUGCGGGAAGGGCUUCGGGCGGCGCUCCCACCUGGCCGGGCACCUCAGGCUCCACUCGAGAGAGAAGACCCACCAGUGCCACGAGUGCGGGGAGAUCUUCUUCCAGUCCGUCAGCCUGAUGGAGCACCAGAUGCUGCACACGGGCCCCGGGGCUGAGCAGCGCAGCCUGCGGGACGACUCCUACAGUUGGGACCUGAUGACAGGAGACCCGAAGGCCGAGCUGCCGGGACAGCCUCACCAGUGUGAUGUGUGUGGCAAGGGCUUCACUUACCCUGCAGAUCUCGUCCAGCAUUACCGAACUCACAGCCCAGAGCCAGCUUCAGGGUGUCAUCUCUGUCCGGAGGGUGUGGGCCAGUGUUUGCACAUAAAAUCACCCCCCAAAACUUAUUCCAACGCCAAAUCCCACGAAUGUAGUGAAUGUGGCAAGGACUUCAGUUUGAAGUCACACCUUAGUCAGCAUCAGCGAAUGCACACAGGGGAUAAGCCCUUUCAGUGUAAGGAGUGUGGCGUGAGCUUCAGCUGGAGCUGUAGCCUCCUCAGACACUUGCGGAGCCACGAGCAGGAGCCCCUCAAGCCAUGAGGGUGUCAGUCUCCCAGAGCGGUGCCCUUCUGCAGAGCUUGGACCUCAGCUUUCAGGAGCAACGGGGAGUCCACGGCGAUCUGGCUGCUGGCCCCUGGAGAAACGCGUCCGUCAGUAUCUCUGUGCACGAGCAUCCCAAUGGAGUGAACCUGUGGGUGUGACGGGGAGUUCGAGGGCUUCUCAGCACCUCGGAACAUGAACAUUGGGGAAACUUUACAAAUGCGGUAGGAACAAGCUUGCUCUGUAGUUUCUGCCUUGUGAAACAGCGCAUCUGUUCAGGGAGGAGCAUCAUAGAUGAGCAAGCUCUUCAGUACAAGCACUGUUUGGCCUCUCAGUCCUGAGUCCUUUCUAGAAUCCACUGACCCAGCUUCUAGAAUGCUCUGGUCUCUUAAGUAUUAAACCCUUUGAAAAGAAA